UGUGCCACUUUCAGGUCUCCUCACACACUGCUGGUGUGUUCAAUUUUUUGUCAUAGGGUGCUGGCAGAUUACGGGCCUCCUAUAGCUGCUGCCAGGCCCCUAAUCUGCCAUGGGCCCCUAUACCGCCUCCUCAUGCUGCUGCCAGGUCCAGAGUCUCUCAUGGGUCCCUGUACGGCCUCCCAUUGCUGCUGUCUCCAUCGCCACACUCUGCCAUGUGCCACUUUCAGGUCUCCUCACACUCCUGCUGGUUUCCAUUUUGUCAUAGGUUGCUGUAUGGCCUCCCAUUGCUGCUGCCUCCACCGCCACACUGUGGCUCCAAACACUGGUUUUGGCCCCGUGACUGGCCAAAUGAGUGAAGUGUGCGGUGAUUCUAAGAUCGACGGCACUCAUCUGCAUGUCAUACUGAGUGACAGUAUUAUUUCUCUUCCCCAGCAGACUCCAAGGGCAUUUAAAUUAAAGGUACAGUGUUCUGCACUAAUAUUA